UUUGAUUAUUAUUCCAUCCAAGAUUCGAGUGAUUUGAACCGUUGGAACCUCAGUUUAUUUUGACUAAAUUGAAUUUGUUGACGUAACCCCUAGUUUUUAUUUUUCAUUUCGGGUCUUGGCGAUAAAUCAUCCAUCUUCUACUUUAUUUAUUAUUGGGAGGGAGAUGAUGAAACUGGAAGUAGGUGCAUUCAGUGCAGUCUUGCAGAUAAAACAAAAACACAUGGUCGAGUGUCGUAGUUCGUAUAUUUGGUUUGAAAAAUGGUUGGCUACAAUUUCCACGGUUAUUGACUUUUGUGAAACUCUAAAUUCUUCUUAAUGUGAAAGGAUAUAUGCAACUUGAGUAACAGUUCAUGCUGGGAUAGGUGAUUGAGCAACCAUCUUCACAUCACAAAACAAGAGCACGAAAUCUAGACGAGAGAGGUACGCCAAUCAACGGUCGUUGCUACCAAAAACUCUAGUGCAAGAAAUUGAGUAAAGGAAACUGGGCAGACAUUACUCUCUUGCCUCAUCAUCGCCGUGACUACUAGAAGACAAUCUAGUGUCUCGUUUGACGACCAAAAGAUCACGUGACAGAUGUGUAUCAUUUUCAACCAUAUCGUCGCGACGCUGAACAUCCGCCGCACGUGCGCAGUCAUAUAGAGUGAGGAACAUCGGCUGCAGUCGCACCUACGCCUGGCUCUCCAAUCGGUUUUUGCUGUCUGACUAGACUGGCCGAGUGAUAAGUUAUAGCGACGCCGUCAAACGUAAGAUAUCGUCGUCGUAGCCUUUUGUUAUUAUCCCUAUAUUUCGGUUUUACCUUUUCAGUUGACCUUGUGACAAUUUAUCACUUUGGCUUGUCCAGUUUUUUGUUUACAGAUGAACGUGAAUAUCGGUGGCGUCAUCUCUGUGGCUUUCUUCUACUGUUUGAUCCUGGCCGUUGGAAUUUGGGUAGGAUGGAAGGAAAAGAGGAAAUUUAAACAGCUACAGCGGAUGGAAAGCGGUGCUAACCUGUCGGAGAACAUAAUGCUGGCCGGACGUGAUAUGGGAUUGUUCGUCGGAGUCCUGACGAUGACGGCGACGUGGGUAGCAGGAGGUUACAUCAACGGCACCUGUGAAAGCGCCUUCACUGGUGGCUUUCUAAAAUGCUCUACAAUGGCGAUCGGAUAUUCCAUGAGCCUCUUACUUGGUGGAAUGUUUUUCGCUAAACCCAUGCGAAUGGCCCACGGAGGUCGAGGAUAUGUUACCAUGCUCGAUCCCUUCCAGGAAAAAUACGGCUCACGUAUUGGUGGGCUAUUGUUUUUGCCGGCCCUGUGCGGGGAGAUAUUCUGGUCCGCUGCUAUCCUGUCGGCCCUUGGAUCCAUUUUCACCGUCAUGCUGGGACUGGACAAUACUCUGUCGAUAAUCAUAAGUGCUGCUGUGGCUGUUACUUACACCUUGAUUGGAGGCCUUUACAGCGUGGCCUAUACUGACGUCAUUCAACUGGGAUGUGUUCUCUUUGGCCUGGUAUUCUGCAUUCCGUUUGUCUGGACUCAUCCGGCCGUUGACCACGAGGCUAUGAGCGAGGUUGAUUGGUUAGGUACAAUUCCGCUGUCCUCUGUCGGUAGCUACGUCGACAUUUAUCUGCUCAUCAUCCUUGGCGGAAUUCCUUGGCAAGUUUAUUUUCAGCGGGUUUUGGCGUGUCGAUCUCCUCGACAGGCCCAGUACCUGUCUUACAUUGCUGCUCUUGGAUGCCUUACCCUGGCCGUCCCACCUGCCGUUUUAGGUUCCGUUGCCCGAGUCGUUGACUGGACUAACGGAACGGAAUAUGGCAAAGAAAUAACCACACCCGAAGAAAUCAAAUCGAUACUACCGUUAAUUCUUCAGUAUUUAACACCAAAGUGGGUGUCAUUUAUCGGUCUUGGUGCCGUCUCGGCUGCCAUCAUGUCAUCAGCAGAUUCGACUGUCUUGUCAACGAGCUCCAUGUUUGUCCAUAACAUCUACAAGACUGUUUUCUUUCCAAAAUCGUCGGAACAGCAUUUGGUUCACGUUAUGUGGGUUUCAAUUGUCGUAUCGGCAGGUCUUGGUACUGUGAUGGCACUCACAGUCAACACAAUCUACGGACUUACAUAUUUGUGCGCCGACGUGGUCUACGUGGUUCUUUUCCCUCAGCUUCUCCUAGUCAUUUACGCCGCAGAUUAUACCAAUACUUAUGGGUGCCUAACUGCUUUCGUAACGGGCUUCACUCUCCGAGUUUUGAGCGGAGAACAGCUUUUGAAUUUACCAGCCGUGAUACACUUUCCAUUCUACGACGAAGAAGCUGGAGAGCAACGAUUUCCCUUUCGCACGUUCUUAAUGCUAGCGUCAAUCAUUAUCCAACUAUCAGUCUCACUUAUCGCCAGGCGCAUCUUUUGUCGCGGUUGCUUAUCUUCAAAGUACGACGUUUUCGACUGUUUUCCCCAAAACAACAAGCCUGCGACCCACGACACUAAAAGUAAAGUAAAUUUAAAUGAUGAUAAUAAGGUUGUCGAAGAGGAGACGCUCAUUUUGAGCGAAUCCCAACCCAUUCCUCUGCACCAUAGCUCAAGAUGAUUAUUAUUAUGUUGGAUGACAUUUGUUUUCAAUGCAAUAUCAUCAGAUGCAAAAUUACAGCUUUAAUAGUUAUUAUUUUUUAGAAAAAAUAAAAUAAAUACACGUGAAAUUUAAAUAUUU